AAUUAUCUCAAGUAGCCAUUUCUAAAUGGGCUACACAAUCCAUGGACAAUUUUUUUCAAACCUCCCGCGCAAACCAUUCCGCAUCAAGCGUCACUACUGUAAUUCAUGGAGAAGGAGCUGGCGCGCGUGCUGCAGCCUUUGGCUCUGGGCUCCGUGCCGGCAAGUGCCAUCUCUUCACUAUUUGACACGGGCGGCACCGCUGCUGUGCGAGAAGAAUGGGCUGACGGAGUCUCCCGCCGCCAGCUGCGCGCUUUGGACAAAGUGUUCGCCAAGUAUCUGCGGCGUCAGGCAGCGGACGAGCAAGUGGCGAAUCUCUGGAGCUUCUUCGCGUCUCAGGAAGCCAUUGAUGCUGUGUCGCCAGCUCAGGAAGGCAACGAGAACAGCGAAGCCGUUUACCGCUCUCUCUUCGCUCUGCUGCAGGCUGUCGUGAACGUACGCGACGUAUACGCCAAUAUGAACGACGCCGAGAAGCGAAGCGCGCUGCUGAAGGCUCUAGUGGCCGCUAAAGUAUAUUUGGCGUGGCUACAGCUGCCUGGAGGGUCCGCGUAUGGGCUGUUCAUGUCGUACGUGUAUCGUCAGGUGCUGGACACACUCAAAAAGUGGGUCGUUCUAAUGGCUUCCAAGGAACCAGAACAAUCAGCAACAGUACAGAAGAGAUCCGGAGGUCGUGGGCGAAAACGAGCAGCUAGAAAGCAGCAGAGCAGCGAUGAGGACAGUGACGAGGACAGCCACGAAGUGUUCCAGAUGCUCACGAGCUACGGACUGGAGUUAAUGGACAUGCUGGUGCAAUUUCUAGAUGGAUUCUCCCUCUCUGCGAGUAGAGAAUCUAUUGUACCGACCAUUGAGACUGCGAUUGCAUUGCAGACAGCACUACCUCCUGAUAACGAGGGCACAGCGUCUGCUAUGACGACCAAAACGCUGCAGAUGUUGGAGGCGCUGGUCAGUGGGACGCACGGUGAGCCAUUACAGAUUGGACGCGUGAUUCUGCAUUGCUAUAUUCCCGGUGUGACGUUCCAGGAGACCGUGGCGAAGGAAAAUCGGUCGUCUUUGCGCUUCCACAAACUCACGAUUGAUGUUAUCACUAGGAUUCACCAUAUUGCAGUCAAAGCAUGCGAAGAGGACGACGCUGAAGGCACUGCAAGGCAGGAAAACUCGUUGAUGCUGUUGGGUUUGAUUCAAAAUAUUUGUCUACAGGCUCCAGGUCUUGCAGAUGAGCGGCAACGUGUGCUGUCUUUUGUGUUCUCGACUGUGAUGGCUGGACGGCGAGAAAGUGAACUGGAAGAGCAGGCAAAACCGAGUGAAUUCCGAGAUGAAGAGUGCGUAAGACUGGCGCGGUUCCUGACCAGUUACUCCCGCAACGCUAAGCUGAAGUACCGUCAGUUCGCAGUGGAGCUGAUUAGCCGCUUCGUAGUGGAAACCAGGUUCUGGAAGGUGAAGGAGAACGAGCUUCCCGAGUCGCUAGUCCCGUACUCUGGUGUCGGACCGCUUCUUGAAGUUCUGAUUGAUCGUGCCCGCGACAAGAUGUCCCAAGUUCGUACCAAGGCAAUUGCUGGAAUCUCAGCUAUGCUGACGCUCGGGUUGUCUAACUUGGCUAAUAGCGAAGAUGAAGACAACGACGAGCAGAUGGACGGGAACAGGUCGGAAGCGAUCGCGAGCUCACUGCAGAGUCUUCUGUACGAAUCAGUGAUCGGUGAUGACGGCAACAAGAAUCUCCAGGAGACGCUACUGAUGCAGCGCCUUGUUGACCUGUUCCGUGAGCGUUUGGUGGAUGAUAAGACGUUUGUGCGUAGAGCUGCAGUGCACGCUCUGGAGGCGCUUUUGACGGCCCAUUCAGGUGACACUGUCCACGCUUCGUCGAAGAAAGAUCUCUUUGACAUUCAUUCGCGCUGUACGGACUCCUCAGUUGUUGUUCGUGUGCAGUCUAUCAAGUCGUUGUCGGUGAUUCUACUGAAGUUCCCACGUGAUGAGGAAGCACAGAAGUUGUGGAACCUUGGCGUUCUUCCGUUGUGUGUAGAUCCCGAGACGAGUGUGCAAUCUUGCGCACUGGAAGCGGCAGGAAGAGUUGUGUUUGACCGAGUUCUAACGUGGUACGACUCACGUCGCAACAAGACGCUGCGUGAAGCUCUCGACUGUGUAUGGAUGCAAGUGUCGCACCUUGAUGGUGUUAUGGCUCGCUGUUUGCAAAAGGCAUUACGAAUGCUCAUUAAAAGCGACAAGAUCGACGUCGAAAAGAUCAUCAAGACGUGCGUGUUUGCCAUCAAAGAAAGCGUGAGUCCAUACAGCUCCGGUCAAGAAGUACAAGAAGAAACAGAAGACGAAGCUACUCGUCGAUUAUUAACGCGCUACUGGGGCUUCAGCUGGAUCGUAUUGGAGGAACUGGCGUACUCUGGAAAUCUUGUUGAGACUGCGAGGGGGAAGCAGCAGAACCUCAGCAUCGUGGUCGAGUGCUGGAACAAGCUGCAGGAUCAGGCAUUGCCGAUGGAGUUCAACGAUGGAUCGAAGCGUAUUUUACGUGUGAUUGCUGCUAUUUCGACUGUUAUUGACGCGCAGGACGCAAAGUCAAUCGCUGACGGUAUUCUGGCGUCGUUGCAUUCGUUCGCCAUCCCUCUGAACGUCAUCGCCGAUGGAAUUCUCGCUCUGAACAGCAUUUGCAAAGCCAAAGCUCCUUCCCCCGAAAAGAGUCGCGACAUCAGCUAUGCGUGGGGGAACAAGCUACUCGAGUUGUGUGAGAUCAACCUGCGCAAGUGCUUUGAAAGCAGUCCAGACAGUGUGGAAGAAGAAACUGCUUUGUUGCAGAAGCAGCUUAUCUCUAUCGGUGAGGUGGCUCUGCUUGAGUUCAACAAGGACGCUGACAAGAGUGGAGAAGCUGCUCUGUUACCCGUUAGUUCGAGUCUGAAGUCGCUUGUCCAGCUCUUUUUGCCGCCGAAGUUCGUCCCUAUCAACCAGACCAUGUCACAAGCUGCAGGACAAGGCGAUGAAGACGAGAUUCCCAUUAUCUCGGAGCCUGUUCCGCUGCCGACUCCCGUUCGAGUGUGCGCCUUCGUAACUCUAGGCAAAUUAUGCUUACGCGACGGAGACUUAGCCAAGCAAUGCAUGACGAUGUUUAUUCGCGAGCUUCGGACUUGCGAGGAACAGGACAUCCGAUCGAACAUCCUGCUGAUCUUGGGCGAUCUCUGUAUUCGCUACACGUCGCUCGUGGAUGCGUAUGUUCCAACUAUUGCGCUGUCACUACUGGACGAGAGUCGCUUGUUACGUCGUAAUACGCUACUGCUAUUCUCGCAGCUGAUCCUGCAAGACUACAUCAAGUGGCGCGAGUCUCUGCUGCGCUUCUUCCUUCGUGCUGCAGUCGACGAAGAUGAGGAACUGGCCAACCUGGCGCGUCAUGUGCUUUGUGGUCCUCUGUUGCAGAAAUCGCCACACAUUUUCACGAACAAAUUCAUCGAGAUGAUAUUUGUGCUUAACGGAAUUCAAGGCGACAAGAUCAAGUUCUCGGAGCCAUACGAACAAGAAGGGACGCGCGAACUCGCGUUGCUGGGAAAUGCACUCUACCCUCGACGAGCCAAGCUGUACAACUUUUUGUUGGAGCACAUGUCGGACGAGCAGAAGUUGCAAGUAUCCAUGAAACUCUGUAGCGAAGUACUGGAAGAAGUGAUGGACGGCACUCUUCCGUUGUGCGAGAAUCCUUCGCAGAUCACCGAUAGCUGCACAGAGGCAGUUCUUAAAGAUACGUUCGCGAUUCUGUGCUCGCCAGAGAUCAAACUCACGUCUUCGAAGGAGGGCGACGAUGAGGACGACGGAGAAGAUGCAGCCACUGGAGAGAACGCCAACGUGGCGUCACAGAUCGCAGCAGCGAAGGGCAAAUUGCUGUCCAAGAUGUCCAAGAAGAACUUCCUAGAGAACGUCGUGCCUGUACUCAUCGGUCUCAAGCACACACUCGAAGCGAAGCACAGUCCAUUGACGCGUUAUUUGCUUCACUAUAUCCGCGAGCUGUUCAAAAUGUAUCGGCAAGAAGUGAAGGAUAUUUUCAUGAAUACGGAUCCUCAGAUGGCCAUGGAAGUGGAGUACGAUCUACGCCAACUUGACCUGCACCAACAGCAGCAGAAACAGCAGUCGCGGCGCACGACCUACGCUCCAGAGGAUGUACAAACAGCGCCUACUUCUCCGCAGACUAACAAGACCUCGUGUGUUCCUCAGACACCACAAGAGGAAUUGUUAGAGGCGAGUCACACCCCCGUGCGCUUACGCAACGAGAAGCAUAGACGACGUCAGAGUCUUCCCUCAACACCCACACCGUCUCGAAGUGGAGUCAAACCGCGUGAUGUGUCCAGUGAGGAAGCUCGUCCACAGCCAUCGGAGACUUCGACGUUGAUCUUCUCCCCCAGCCAGGGCCACUCCAACGAGAACUGGCACGUGACUGCCAAGUCCCCUUCAGUAGACAAACCUCAGAGUCGCAGCAAGAAGGGAUUCACACAAGAAGAUCUCGAAGGCCGCAUGAAGAAAGACCUCGAUGUAGCAUUCGACUCUGCUAGUGACUCGGAAGAAGACGUGCCUCCAACAAUCAACACUUCUCGACGCAGAGCAAAGGCAAAGGCCAAAGCUAAGGCAAAGAAAAGUGUCGAAGACGAAGAAGAUGAACAACAAGAUCGGGACGAGGAAGAAGUUGUGCCACUCCCACUUAAGAAGAAAGCCAAGAAGAAGACCAAGCCUGUCAAGAAGUCCAAUGCUGCUACAAGUUCUCGACCCAAACGUAAACGCAACUAGUUAAGAGUUCCCCAUGUAAGAAACUGCUUUGUACUGUGCCUCGUGAAGCCAUUCCUCUCAGUCUCUCUUUCUUUAUCUAAUGACGCCGUUGUUCACGGGAGCCGUGCAGGGGCCAGCCGACGUGCCGAACACGUGCUCCUUCCACUUGGCGACGCCAUUGUCGUCCGUCUUCAUGUCGU